GUUCAUUUGAAUUAGCCCGCAGAGAAUUUCAAUGGAAAACGUCAGUAUGCUAUGAAAAUAGGCAAGGAGUAACAUUGGUCAAAGUUGCAGUUUUUUCAUAGCUGAUGCAAAAAAUAUAAUACGUUUUACAAGAUAAAAUGGCUUUGACUACAAGAGCACAAUCGGCAAACAUUAUGAGUCAAACUCACAAAAUGCCACUUAACAGAGAGAAUCCAGAUGCUGCAUUAUUAGCCAAAACAAUGGCAGGUCGACCUACUUCACAGACAGGCCAAAGGUCAGCUCUUGGUGACAUUGGAAACAAGGUCAAAGCAAUAUCAAUUGACCCAAACAGGAAACCAGCAGCAAUUAAGAAAGAAAUAAUCCAGCCAGCUGACAAAUUAAAGGUGCUAAAUAAAAACAAAGGAACUACGUCACUCAAAUCUCUAGUCGAAACAGUUUCUAACAAUGAAAUACAGUUAGAACAGAUCAGUCAAUUUUCGAAACCUGUCUCCAGUGCCAGACCUCCUUCUACAUCUGUCCCAGAAUGUAUGGACAUAAGUGCCAAUAAAGAAGAGGCAUUCUCAAAGGCUCUCUCAAGAGUGGAAGAUAUUGAUGUUAAUGACAAAGACAACCCACAACUCGUUAGUGAAUAUGUUAAUGAGAUAUAUGACUAUAUGAGAGAAUUGGAGGAUAAAUAUCCAGUGAAGCAUGGUUAUUUAGAAGGACAAGAAAUUACUGGCAAAAUGAGAUCCAUAUUAAUAGACUGGUUAUGUCAAGUACACCACAGAUUUCACUUACUACAGGAAACACUCUACCUUACAGUAGCCAUUAUAGACAGGUUUUUACAGGAACAUCCGGUAUCUAGAAAUAAAUUACAAUUAGUUGGUGUAACAUCAAUGUUAAUAGCAUCUAAAUAUGAAGAAAUGUAUGCACCUGAAGUAGCUGACUUUGUGUAUAUAACAGACAAUGCUUAUACUAAGAAAGAGAUUCGUGACAUGGAAGGAAUUAUAUUACGCUCAUUAGACUUUAGUGUUGGAAAACCUCUUUGUUUACAUUUCUUGAGGAGGAAUUCUAAAGCUGGACAGGUUGAUGCAAACAAACAUACCCUUGCCAAAUAUCUAAUGGAGCUGACCAUUAUCGAGUAUGACAUGGUGCAGGUGUAUCCGUCCGAAAUAGCUUCAUCAGCCUUAUGUUUAGCUAACAGAUUACUUGAUGGUAGUAAAUGGAAUGACACAUUAGCCCAUUAUAGUAGUUAUGAAGAAACUGAAUUAGUCCACACAAUGCAAAAAUUAGCCAGUCUAGUCGUAAAAGCAGAAAACAGUAAACUUACAGCUGUAAAAACAAAAUAUUCCAGUUCCAAAUUCAUGAAAAUUAGCACCAUUCCAGAAUUGAAAUCUCAACAGAUCAAAGAUCUUGCAGCAGCAGCAGCAUUACAGAAUGUCUCAUGAUCAAAAUGAACAAUUGUUUUUAAAUGGUGGCACUGUGUGAAUGAAAGCAUGAGUGAAUGCACGUCCUAACUUAUUGCCUUAAAAAAGGAAUGUGGUGUUUGGUUGUGGUAAUGAAUGUGAGCGAGAGACUACAAGAUGUGUCGAUCAGUGACCCAAAUCAUGCUCCUGUGAUUUUUAAAAUAGCAAUUCUAGAACUAUCUUUAUUUUAAAUAGAAGCCCAAUUGUAUGUUAUGUCAAAAAUGGAUCAUGAAGUUUAAAGUUUAAUUUUUAUCUUUUUUAUUUUUUUAUAUUUAUACAUAACUAGAGGAAUUUAUAUAGAUUUUGUACAUGGGGUUUAUUAUCAGAAAGGAAAUCAUCUUUAUAAAAUGCAGAAUUUUUUCUUGAAAGUGUUUGAUUUUGAACUAACCAUGACAUAUUUUUAACAUUCAUCAAAGGUAAUAGAACUCUUGGUUGUUUCGUUGACAUUACCAGAAUUUUAUCUUUUUAAGUUUUUAAAUUUUGAGUUUAGAAUUUAGUGUAGUUGAGGGUAAUUUUAUAUAAGUCACCAUACAUAAAUUCAUGGGGGUCAUAAUCAAUAUCAGGUUAUCAUUUCAGUAUUCACAAAAAUGGAUUUAAAAUUAUAAAAUAUGUUUCUUUUUUUAUUAGGGUUGUUAAGUAUUUAUCUAGAAAUUUUUUUUCCCCAGUCUUAAUUUGUAAAAAAAUAAUUUUACAUUGACACAUAUGUCAUAAACCUAGUCUGAGGGAGGGAGCUUUUUAUUUUACCUUUGUUCCAAAUAAUUGAUUUGACAUCAUGAUAUUUAGGUUUAAAAUAUAUUAUGAUAUUAGGGAAUUGCUUUAAAGAGAAGUCUUUCAUAUUCUUGUCGUCAUCUGGUGUUGCAUUUAUUACAUGUGUAGUAUUGUUUUUAUUUAUGUAUUUGUCUCAUGUAUUUAUGUAUAUAAAAUAUUUUGUAAUAAA